AUGGAGUCCUAUUUUGGCAGUUUCAAGCAUGUGCAACAGCAGCCUCGGCAACAGGAGUGUGGGCCCUCCCUGAUGCUUGCAAACAGCGAGGCCUCAAAGGCCAAGAACACCCAGAACUCAAAGGGGGGGUCCUACGGAGUCAGCAUCCGGGUCCAAGGGAUUGACGGGCACCCAUACAUCGUGCUCAACAACACAGAAGGGAAUUCACCAGAAUCUCUUCUGGAACCGGAAAACUGUCAGCAGGUCCCAUCUCUGACCCUGAACAGAGCAGCUGUGGAUUCCUGUUCGGCUCCUGAACUUGAUGGGGGAAAUGAUGAAGACGCUCCGUGUUUGGAACAUCCUCACACACACCCAGGUGUGCUUCAAAGCCUGAAGCUGGCCUGUGCAGGUAAGGGAGAGGAUAGAUUGCCACAUUUCAGCACUGGGCCCCCCCAGCCCUCCAGCCUGUUGAAUUUUCAGAAGCAUCCUGAGCUUCUGAAGCCCUAUGAUCCCAAAAAGAAUAUUUUGAACCUGGAUGCCUUUCAGCCUUCUUCGUUGAAUAAGUCCAGAUCUGCCGCAGAUGAAGAAAAACCUGACCCCAAGCCUUGGAGUUUACCGCUGAAAUCCAUAUCAUCGGAUAAAACAAGUCUCCAGUUUGCAGAACUGUUCAAAGCAAAUGUAAAAACUGUCACUCUGAGUAAGCCCACAGCUGGGGAGGACAUAAGCAAGCAGGAACUGGACAGCAACCAUGUCUCAGACAGUCCUAAUGGGACACAUGAAUCCCUUUCUUCGAAUGGUGGAUCUGCAUAUGCCAUAAGCCCACCCACCAAUCAGGAAACAAAGAGAUGUCGGCCUGAUCUCCUCCCCUUCCGCAGGCAAGAUUCAGCAGGAUCAAUACCAAAUGGCUCUCGCCGCUCAUCAACUUCGUCCGCAACUCCAACUUCCGCAGCUUCCUUGUACCGGUUCUUCUUAGAUGACCAAGAGUGUGCCAUUUAUGCUGACCACGUGAACCGUCACGAAAACAGAAGAUACAUUCCGUUUUUGCCUGGGACCGGUCGGGAUAUUGACACUGGUUCCAUCCCUGCCGUUGAUCAGCUCAUCGAGAAGUUUGAUAGGAAGGCCGGUCACCCGAGAAGAGGUCGGCUGGGAAUCCGGAGAAUUCACCCUGAUGACCGCAAGCGGUCAAGGAGCGUGGACAGCCUUCUGCCCUCUGGUCUCCAGGCGAAUUCAGAGGGUUUAGAUGAAUUCAGUAAAGAUUUGGGGAAGUCGUCCGAACAGUUGCUGCAGCCAUCCCAGAUGUGCCUGAAGAAGCCAUUGCCUCAAGGCCAGAAGUCACCCUCUCUUGGGGAACAGGGUGUCCCUCGGACUGUUGGUAAACUCCAGGCUGCAGCUCACGGCAGCUGUUUCAGUUCCUUGCGACGUCAUCAACAGGCUAAUCUCGUGGAUGACAGCUUGGCGUGUAAAGCAUGCACACUUACAACCCAGACUAACAAAAGUGAAAAGAAAUCAGCGACUUCCACUCUCUUGGUAUCAAACCGGACUGCCACUCUGCCUGACUUGGGAGAAAAGAAAAUCUCUGCAAAAUCUUUUGCUUCUGCUUCAAACACACAGGUAACUCCUGAUUUGCUGAAGGGCCAGCAGGAAAUUGCACAGCAAACCAAUGAGGAAACUGCCAAGCAAAUUCUGUACAACUAUCUGAAAGAAGGGAGCAGUGAAAACGAUGAUGCCACAAAGAGGAAGGUCAACCUGGUAUUUGAGAAAAUCCAGACGUUGAAGUCCCGGGCAGCUGGGAGCACACAGGUCGCUGAUAAUUCAGCUGAAGUCAAAACUCUGGUGGAACAGAAGGAGGGGCUGGAAAAAGAGGUUUCUGAACUACGGAGAGCUCUUGAUCUGGAGGUCAAGAAUCAACAGAACCUCAAAGAAGAAAGAGAUGCGACAAGAGAAGAGCUGAAGGAACUGCAAAGGUUGCUGGAAGAGGCUCUAGAGGAGAAAGAGGCCUUCUGUAAACGUGCAGAGGAGAGCGAGAAAGACCUCCGGCAAAGCGUUGAAGAGCUUUUCCAAGUUAAAAUGGAGAGAGAGCACCACCAGACCGAAAUCCGGGACCUGCAGGAUCAGCUCUCUGAGAUGCAUGAUGAACUUGACGGUGCGAAGCAUGCGGAGGAUGGGGAGAGAGAGCUUCUCAUUCAGGAGCUGAUGCAGCUGAAGCAGGACCUUCAAGGUAUCCUGAUGGCCAAAGAGCAGCAGGAAGACGUCCUGAGGAAGCGGGAGCGGGAGCUGACCGCCUUGAAGGGGGCCCUGAAGGAAGAGGUCUCCAGUCACGACCAGGAGAUGGACAGGCUCAAAGAGCAGCACGUGCAGGAGCUCCACGUCCUGAGGCAGAAUUUGGCAGAAGCCACUGAGAGAGCCGAUGCGCUGUCUGUUGCCAAUGCUGGUGCAGAGGAGAUGCAGAGAAGUGUGGAGGAGCAAGUGAAGGAGCUGGCAGGACAGAACUGGCAACUGAAGGAAAGGCUGGUGGAGCUGGAGAACCAAAGGAAGGAACUUCUUCGAGAGAAUGAAAGCUUGCGAGGAGAAGCGGCUCUCCUGGAGGCCAGAAUAGCCAGAGGCGAGAAUGAAAAGCUGCACUUGGAAGAUGCCCUGGCACGCGCCAAACAGGAGGGCCAGGAGUUGGCGUCAGCCAUGAGCUCUUUGGAAGCUCAGCUGGGGGAGACACAGAGAAACCUCAGUCAGCAGAGCCAGGAGCAGCAGCGGUUAAGGGACCAGUUGAAAGAGGAGGUGGACCAGAAGGAUCAGUUGAACAGGGUGAAGGGCGACUUGGAGAAGGAGCGCUGGCAGCUGGACAAGACCAUUGAGAAGCUGCACAAGGAGAUGGCUGAAAUCAUGGAGGUUUCACGAGUAUCGACCCUUGAGCUGCAGAACCAGCUGGAUGAAUAUAAAGAGAAAAAUCGCAGGGAACUUUCCGAGACUCAGAGACAGCUGAAGGAGAAGAACCUGGAGUUGGAAAAGGCACGCAUGGUGGCCCUCAAGAUGCAGGAUGAGGUACGUUUUAUGGAAGAAGAAUUACGGGACCACCAAAGAGCCCAAGACGAGGCCAUUACAAAAACGCAGCUUCUGGAACAGACUGUGAAAGCCUUGGAGUAUGAACUGGAAGCCAAAAACCACUUGAAAGAGGACCGGGCGAGACAGGCUAAUAUAAUGGAGGACAAGAUGUCCGAGCUGGAGCUGGAGCUGGAGGAGGAGAGGAAUAAUUCGGAUAUAUUGUCCGAAAGGAUCAGCAGGUGUAGAGAGCAGAUAGAGCAAAUGAGAAAUGAACUGCUUCAGGAAAGGGCUGCAAGGCAAGACCUAGAGUGUGACAAGAUUUCCCUGGAAAGGCAGAACAGAGAUCUGAAAAGUAGAAUCCUUCACCUUGAAGGCUCCUACCGGUCCAGUAAAGAAGGGCUGCUUGUUCAAAUGGAAGCCAGGAUCGUGGAGCUGGAGGAGCGGCUGGAGAAUGAGGAGAGGGAUCGGUCUAAUCUCCAGCUGAGUAACCGCAGGCUUGAAAGGAAAGUGAAAGAACUCAUGAUGCAAGUGGAUGAUGAACACCUGUCCUUGACAGAUCAAAAGGACCAGCUGAGCUUGCGCUUGAAAGCAAUGAAACGCCAAGUGGAGGAAGCAGAAGAAGAAAUCGACAGGCUGGAGAGCGCUAAGAAGAAACUUCAGAGGGACCUGGAAGAGCAAGUGGACUUCAACGACCAACUUCAAGGGCAACUGAAUGCAAUCAAAAAGGAGCUCAGGCACAGGAAGCCUCCGAAUAAAGUGCUGAGUGAUGAUGAGGAUGACGACGAUCUCAGCACCGAUGGAGACAGCUUUUACGAAGGACCUUCGGGGCUUAAAUUCUUAAAAGGACGGCAAGGCCAGAAGCUAGAUAUGAAGCAGCCCCACAACUCUGGAAGAGUUCCCAGCACUCAUCGAAUGAUUACCGAACAAGAAGGAAGAUAA